AGGACAAGAAUGCAGAAGACAAGUGUGCUUUGGAUGUCCUAAAGAGAGCAACAACGAAAAAGAGUAAGAAUGACCUGAUUAAUGCUGAAGAGGGAGAAGAUCAUUUCACAGACAUUUCCUCAGUGGGAGCUGGAACGGAUCCGAAGCCGGCAGCAGUUUCUGUAGAUGACGCCAGCAGCAGAUUUACUCGACCCAGCCUGAAAAGUGCUAAAAACGAAAGUUCCUCAUAUUUUCGGAGGAAAGAGAAGAGAUUUCGCUUCUUCAUUAGACGCAUGGUGAAGUCGCAGAGUUUCUAUUGGAUUGUUCUCUGCGUGGUGGCACUUAAUACUCUCUGUGUUGCAAUUGUCCACUAUGACCAGCCAAUAUGGCUCACCGAGGCUUUGUAUUUUGCUGAGUUUGUUUUCCUUGGACUUUUUCUGAGUGAGAUGUCCCUGAAAAUGUAUGGUUUGGGACCUAGAACAUACUUCCAUUCCUCAUUCAACUGUUUUGAUUUUGGGGUGAUUGUUGGCAGUAUUUUUGAGGUAAUUUGGGCUGCUGUCAAACCAGGUACCUCGUUUGGUAUAAGUGUUCUCAGAGCACUUCGCUUACUCAGAAUCUUCAAAGUAACCAAGUACUGGAACUCAUUGCGUAACCUGGUGGUAUCUCUACUGAACUCCAUGAAAUCUAUCAUCAGUCUGCUCUUCCUGCUCUUCCUGUUCAUUGUAGUCUUCGCCUUACUUGGAAUGCAGCUCUUUGGGGGACAGUUUAAUUUUGAAGAUGGAACCCCUCCGACAAAUUUUGAUACCUUUCCUGCUGCAAUUCUUACUGUGUUCCAGAUCUUGACAGGAGAAGACUGGAAUGCAGUUAUGUAUUUUGGAAUUGAAUCACAAGGAGGAGUUAAAAAAGGAAUGUUUUCAUCUGUUUAUUUUAUUAUCUUGACACUGUUUGGCAAUUACACACUGCUCAAUGUCUUCUUGGCCAUCGCAGUUGACAACCUGGCAAACGCACAAGAGCUGACAAAGGAUGAAGAAGAGAUGGAAGAGGCCAACAUCCAAAAGAAUACCAUCCAGAAGGCAAUGGAGGUUGCAGACGUCAGCCCAAUAUCUGCAACUAACCUGUCCAUAGCAGCUUUUGUAAAGCAAAAUCGAGGUGCUCUAUCUCGCAGCUCGUCAGUCUCCAGCGUAAAUUCACCCAAGGAUCAACAGAAGGCAUUCAAGUCAAUGUCCGUUUGGGAGCAAAGGACUUCUCAGCUAAGGCGCCAGCACCUGCUAACUAGUCAAGAGGCUCUGUUUAAUGAACUUGAUGAUGAGCAGCGUAGAAUGUAUGUCUCCUCGCACCAGAUCCGGCCAGAUAUGAAAACCCACCUGGACCGACCUUUGGUAGUGGAACCCAGGAAAGACGUAAAGAACAGCAAUGAUAAAAUCCGUCAAAAUGAUUGCCAAGAUAGUGAACACGAAAGGCUAGUCCAGCCCGAGAGCUGUGAGGUACCAAAACGGCACCAUCGACAUCGAGACAAGUCGAGCGAGAAGGGAGAUGGCGCAACGAACAACGGGGAAUCUGGGACGAACAGCAAGGAUGAACAACGGCGUUCACACAGGAGCCGAAGUAAAGAGACUGAGAGGGACCAGGAAGAAAGGGCUAAGGAUAGUAAGGGCGACCGUAGCAGAAGUCGAGAAGGAGGGAGGAAGCAUCAUCACCACCAGCAGAGCUCUGCGGAUGAGCCUUCUGAAAAGGAACAUAGGCGGCACCGGUCUCACCGGCAUGUGACAGACCAACAGACCAAGGAAGGGAAUGGCACAGUCAAUGGCACAAAGAGUGAAAGGCGGACACGUGCCAAAGAGGGGUCGCGGUCAGGAAAUCGAGAGGGAGAUAUACCCAGCAGAAGUCAAAACACAGAAGGAGCAGAAAGACGACGCAGGCACAGACAGAAGGCACUCUCAACCUAUGAGUCAGAGGAUAAAAGAGAGAAUGACGAAAAGGAAGGAGAGACUGUUCUACGAGAACGACGGAAUCAUAAAGUGAAGGAGAGCCAAAUGCCUGUGGACACCACCAUGUUGGGGACCACACCACUGCCACCUACUAGUAGUUUGAAGCAUGUUCCUCAGCAACCGGAGGAUGCUGACAACCAGAAGAAUAUUAAGCUGGUGACGCUACCGACAAGAGAUGCAGAGCACACCAUCACAGUGAACAUCCCAGUCACCGUCACUGCUCCUCCUGGAGAGACCACAUUACUUCCAAUCAAUAGUGUAGGUGUAGAUCUGGAAAGUAUGACAAAAAUGGAGGAAAAGAAGGACAUGGAUGCUGAUGAUUUGAUCAAAAGUGGGCCGCAACAGAUACCACCAUACAGUUGCAUGUUCAUUUUCAGCCCUACAAACCCUAUUCGCAGGGCAUGCCAUUACAUUGUCAACCUACGAUAUUUUGAGAUGUGUAUCCUGCUGGUGAUUGCGAUGAGCAGCAUAGCCCUGGCAGCGGAGGAUCCUGUGGUAGCAGAUUCACCAAGAAAUAAUGUUCUGAAAUAUCUGGAUUACGUGUUCACUGGGGUCUUUACGUUUGAAAUGGUGAUAAAGAUGAUUAAUUUAGGCCUGUUACUUCAUCCUGGCUCUUAUUUCCGAGACCUUUGGAACAUUCUGGAUUUCAUUGUCGUCAGUGGUGCUCUUGUGGCUUUUGCUUUUACGAGCUUCCUCGGCGGAAACAAAGGAAAGGAUCUCAACACCAUCAAAUCCCUGCGUGUUCUCCGUGUUUUACGGCCACUGAAAACUAUCAAGCGUUUGCCAAAAUUAAAGGCUGUCUUUGACUGUGUAGUGAACUCCCUGAAGAAUGUUCUGAAUAUACUCAUCGUUUACAUGCUCUUCAUGUUCAUCUUUGCUGUCAUUGCUGUGCAACUUUUCAAGGGUAAAUUCUUCUACUGCACUGAUGAGUCAAAGGAUUUGGAAAAAGACUGCAGGGGUCAAUAUCUAGUUUAUGACAAUGAUGAAAUUGAGGCAGAACCCAGGGAAUGGAGGAAGUAUGAUUUCCACUAUGAUAAUGUGCUGUGGGCCUUACUGACACUAUUCACAGUGUCAACAGGUGAAGGCUGGCCAACAGUUUUGAAACACUCCGUGGAUGCUACAGAAGAGGAUCAGGGACCCAGCCCUCGCUACCGCAUGGAAAUGUCCAUCUUUUAUGUUGUGUACUUUGUUGUGUUUCCAUUUUUCUUUGUGAAUAUUUUUGUUGCACUCAUUAUCAUUACAUUCCAGGAGCAAGGUGAUAAGGUGCUAUCUGAAUGCAGUCUUGAGAAAAAUGAGAGGGCCUGUAUUGAUUUUGCUAUAAGUGCCAAACCGCUAACUCGCUACAUGCCACAGAACAAGCAAACUUUUCAGUACAAGAUGUGGAGAUUUGUGGUCUCCCCUCCUUUUGAAUAUUUUAUAAUGGCCAUGAUUGCAAUCAAUACCAUAGUACUGAUGAUGAAGUUCUAUAAUGCUCCUGAUCCCUAUGACAGAAUGCUGCAGUACCUGAACAUAUUAUUCACUUUUCUGUUCUCCAUGGAGUGUGUACUGAAGCUCAUUGCAUUUGGUAUUCUGAAUUACUUCCGCGAUGCAUGGAAUGUGUUUGACUUUGUAACUGUACUGGGAAGUAUAACUGAUAUUUUAGUCACUGAGCUGGCGCAACGGGAUAACUUUAUCAAUCUCAGCUUCCUGCGGUUGUUCAGAGCAGCACGUCUUAUCAAGCUCCUCCGCCAGGGAUAUACCAUUCGUAUUUUGCUUUGGACAUUUGUGCAGUCUUUUAAGGCAUUACCGUAUGUUUGCCUCCUGAUUGCCAUGUUGUUUUUCAUCUAUGCCAUUAUUGGAAUGCAGGUAUUUGGCAACAUUGAACUAGACGAUGAUGGUGCAAUUAAUCGCCACAACAAUUUUAGGACCUUCUUACAAGCCCUAAUGCUCUUAUUCAGGAGUGCCACUGGAGAAGCCUGGCAUGAAAUUAUGUUGGCAUGUCUGAGCAAAAGCCCCUGUGAUCCUGACUCAGACAUAGAGAAAAAUGGGUGUGGAAACGACUUUGCAUAUUUCUACUUUGUGUCUUUCAUUUUCCUUUGUUCUUUUCUGAUGUUAAACCUUUUUGUAGCAGUUAUUAUGGACAAUUUUGAGUAUCUAACUCGAGAUUCUUCUAUCCUGGGACCACACCACUUGGAUGAGUUCAUCCGUGUCUGGGCUGACUAUGAUCCUGGAGCCUGUGGGCGCAUCACUUACAAUGACAUGUAUGAGAUGCUGAGACACAUGUGUCCACCCUUAGGCCUGGGAAAGAAAUGUCCUGCAAGAGUCGCCUACAAGCGGCUUGUAAGAAUGAACAUGCCGAUUGCUGAAGAUGGUUCUGUGCAUUUCACAUCUACGCUGAUGGCAUUGAUUAGGACAGCCCUUGAUAUCAAAAUUGCUGGAGGAGGUGCAUACCAGCAGCAAUGUGAUGCAGAGCUUCGGAAGGAAAUAACUGCUGUUUGGCCAAAUCUAUCUCAAAAGAUUCUGGAUAUACUGGUGCCUCCACAUAGACCCACAGAGUUGACAGUGGGGAAAGUCUAUGCAGCUCUGAUGAUUUUUGAUUACUACAAGCAGAACAAAAGUAAAAGAAUACAGCAACAGCAGCCUGGCAGCUUGUCACAGACUCGAACAUCGUUCUUUCAGCGCAUGGUGGGAGCUUUGACACCCACGCAAGAAGAGCCCCCCUCACUUAACAACACAAAGUCCAUCUCUCACCCAGUAAGCAAGAAUGCACUCAACAAUGGUGGCAACAUCUUGUACCAAGGUGGACUCAAAGAAUCCUCACCCUGGUUGCGGGCCCAGGAGGCUUUUAAUGAGGCUAACCUGCGAAUGCCUGAACGUAGUCAGGCAGACGAAACUCCAGUUACCCAAAGCAGCCCUCAGGCUGUGGAGAUGAGAGAGAUGGGGUAUGAUCUGAAUCAGGCCGAUCAGCCAGGCCUAGAGAGCCAAGGACGUGCAGCAUCUAUGCCUCGACUAACUGCAGAGACACAGAAAACAUCUCGAUCAUCUGGGAGUGUCCUUGCACCAAUUCCAGACACGAGCCCCAUGAAGCGUUCUGUGUCUACGCUCACACCACAGAGAUCUCACGGAAUGCAUCUGCCCGAUUACUCUCUGGAGCGUGUUAUCCCAGAACGAAUGCCUCAUCAUCACCACCACCAUCAGCAUCGCUGCCAUCGGAGAAAAGAGAAAAAACAACGGUCACUCGAGAGGUCUCCCAGCAGUCAUGCUGAUGGAGAAAUAGACCAAAUGGAUGACCUCACUUCUGUAGCUCGCCAAAAGGAUCAACCAUCGAAGGAGCGUGUGCGAGGUAGGUCACAGGAGCGGAAAUCUCCAUCCUCCAAUGAGAAGCAGCGUUACUACUCCUGCGACCGAUAUGGCAGUCGGGAAACCCCACAGCCCAAAUCAACUGAUCACAGCCGGUCAACAUCUCCUAGUGCAGGCCCAGACCAUAGCCUCCACAGACAGGGCAGUGGUUCGGUUAACAGCAGUCCUCUGCAGUCAGUCUCUGGCGCUAGCACCCCGUGUCGUGGUCGACGGCAGCUUCCGCAGACACCUCUAACACCGCGUCCCAGCAUCACCUACAAAACUGCAAACUCCUCUCCGACUCAGUUUAGCAACCUGCACGGCGUCUUACCCCCGACUCCCCCAGGGAGACUCAGCCGCGGAUGGUCAGAGCACAACACUCUGCUGCGCAGCGAGUCCCAGAACCACCCUUACACUAGCGGCGAGAGCAGACAAUCGAGGGUGAUGCGCAUUGGAUCGGACCCUUACUUGGGACACCACGAAAGUUGCAGCAGCGAUAGCCAGACACUGGCAGAAGAGACUCUGACCUUUGAGGUGGCUGUUGCCACGACUACGGGCAGGUCCCCAAGGACUUCUUGCAUCUCAUCCUUUACAUCUCAGUCUCACCAAAGCCGCAGAGUCCCAAACGGUUACCACUACAACCUGGGCAUGAGCACAGGCCCUGGGAUGGGAGCAGGAGAGCGGAAAUACUAUCGCGAAACAGACGAAGAUGAUUGGUGCUAGCGUGCCAGUCUAGCGAGACUCUUACAGAUUAUGCAUUAAUAUGAUGAGUUUUAUCAUCUGCAGGGUGUUCUGUCAGAGCUCAGAGUGUAUAUUAAUAUGCAGCAUUCAUGGGGAUUUAGAAACUGGAAAUCCUUCCAGAAAUCUGAUUUUUUUUAAAGAGUUGCUUCAGCUUGUUUUUGCACUGAAUUUGCAAGUGAAAAAUUGUUCACUUGAAGUGAAGAAAACAAAAGACUGUUUCAUUCUAGAAAACAUCUGUUUUUCUAUAUCUCCCUACAUUGGCUAUUUCAGAAAACAACAGAUGCCAAAUUUAUUUACAAAUAUAAACAUAACAGUGAAAAAAUACCUAAUGAAAUGCAGUAGCCUGCUCUUGUGAACCACUAGGGCAAGAAGUGAAAGAGGUUGCCUCGUUAUGAUACAGGUUGUGAGAAGGUGGCUCUACUUUCAUCACAGACUUUGAAUAUCAGAGGGGGAAGAAACACAAAGUUGGGGGGAGGUAUAAAAUAUUUUAAUGCAUACCGAGAGACUAACACAGACAGCAAAACCUUUUAAAUGUAGGACUUGAUGUUAAUAACAGAGAUAAAUAAUGUCUUGAAUGGAGCCAGUAAACAAAUUCUGCUCUCGUACUGCACUAUGUCUCCACAUGUCUCUGUAUUGUUCUCAUCCACACCAAGAACUUCUGCAACAUGUUCAGUUUUAAGUUGUGGAGUUGCCGGCACCAUUUUCUCCAGGUCCAGAGGCCUUUAAGUGUGUUGCUUUUCACACUUUGUUAAAUAAUUUUGGCGAUUUGUUUAUUUUUCCAUUUUUGCUUUUUUUUUCAUUUACCGUAGUGGUAAAUGAAAUGUGACCUGUGAUCCUGAUUUUAUUAAAUCGCCAGUGAAUAGCCUUACAUAGCCAAACCAACUUCAUAGAAUUAAUUUGUUUUUCAUAAAGUGUACAAAAAGUAGGAAUUUGUAUGUAAAGAGUGAGCCUGACACCAUUCCACUCUUUGUACUUAUUGCUCCAGCUGUUGAAUUCCAAGUGCCUAACCUUUUAAAUAUCUCGUUAAGAGAAGAUGCAACUUGCUUCAGUGCAUCUUAACUGGUAAGUGGGGACCCUGGGAGGUAUGGCUGAAAAGCAUAGGUGAGCAAAGUUAGUGGUUUACAUCAAAAUAUCUAUAAAUGAUUUCUUGAUAACCUGACUUGAAAUUAGUAAUGACAUGUUGCAAAAAUAAAAUUUGAAAAAUAAAAGCCAAAAGACUUUAUUUGGUGUUGGUGAGUAAAUCUGGGCUUUACCCUUUUCGGAAGUUAAAGCAUUAGGAAGAUCAGUGCUGAAACAGUGUGCGAACCAGUACAGCAUUAUGUCUGCUGUCCUUAAAAUUCACAGUGCAUGUCCAGUCUUAUAAACUUGGUUGUGGCGGUUAUGAGCACAUGUUUUAUGGUGUACAGUUUCUGUGUUGUAAGGAUACAUGGGAAAACAUUGCUGUUGCCAUUGUAAUGUAAGUCUUUUUAAAAAAAAAAUGUUGGAAAUAGUCUACAAAACGUGCACUUUGAAGAAUCAAAAGAUGAAAUGAGGACACUGGGUUACAGAGGAUGAUCCGAGUGUUUGUCAGGAGGGCUAUGCAACAAGUUGAUUUUUGUCAGGUAAAAAAGCAAAUCAUCCUUUCUGUAGCUUUAUCUGCUGGAUUCUCCGUUUCAGGCUUCAGCAUGAUUGUGACCAAAUGUUUUAUAGAUUUCCUUAUA